AUUCAUCUGCAGCACCGUCACAGUGACCUGAAGGGUCAACGAGACGCUCAGAUGGGGCAGGUCAUACCCAAACGCAACUCGCAUUCUCCAACCGUCAACGUCUCCUCCACGCAAGAUGAAGAACCUCCCAGAUAUUCUCCUCACAACUUUGAUGGCAGAAACCCAAACCUCCAGGUCCCUGCAACUAUCAUUGGGGAUUCCAGCGGCUCUCCAGAGCGGCAGGGCUCGGGGGUGGAGCAUCGACGCACCUCGCUCUACAGCAACAUCGACCUGGUUCCUCAGCUGGAAUAUUAUGCCAGGACCAUAAAACACCAGCAAGCGAGGAGCAGACCCUCCCUGGAGGUGCUGAGGAAGACCAUUGAGGAGGUGGAGGUCGGAGUGGGUGGAGAUAAUACUUCAGAGCCACAGAUUGAAGGUGAACAGCCUCCAACCCCCAAGGGGAAAACUCCCAUUCGCUUUGGCUGGAUCAUUGGAGUGGCGAUGCGAGUCAUGGUGAAUAUUUGGGGGGUCAUCCUGUUCCUCCGCCUGACGUGGAUCACCUCCCAGGCGGGUAUUGUGCUGACGUACGUGAUCAUCCUCAUUUCUGUGUUGGUGACCUCACUGACGGCGCUCUCCAUCUCUGCCAUCGCCACCAACGGCAGGGUCGUUGCAGGUGGGACAUAUUUUUUGAUCUCCCGAACUUUGGGUCCGGAGAUCGGAGGACCGAUUGGGAUCAUGUACGCCUUCGCCAACACCCUCUCUGUUGCUCUCAACACUGUUGGCUAUGCAGAAGUGGUUCGCAAUAUGAUGAGGGAAUUAGGUGUUACCAUUGUCGAUGACAUCAAUGACGUGCGCAUCGUCGGCGUGGUCACUGUGACCGUCCUCAUGUUGAUCGCUGUGUCUGGAAUGAAGUGGGAGUCCAAGACUCAGAUUUUUUUCUUCCUGGUUAUGAUGGUUGCCUUUACAAAUUACUUAGUGGGCACAAUCCUUCCUCAAGGCAUUGAAAAACAAGCGAGGGGACUCUUUGGUUACAAAGCCGAUAUCUUUGUAGAAAACCUGGUGCCAAGCUGGAGAGGGCCUCAAGGAAACUUCUUCCGGAUGUUUGCUGUUUUCUUCCCAGGCGCCACUGGAAUCUUGGCUGGAGUUAACAUCUGUGGAGAUCUUAGAGACCCAGCCAGCGCCAUCCCUAAAGGAACGCUCUGGGCUAUUUUUGGGACGACACUUAGCUACCUGGUCAUCUCUAUAACUGCCGGUGCAUGUGUGGUGCGAGACGCCUCUGGAAACGUGAGCGACAUCAUCACUGGCAACCGCUCUGACUUCUGCGUGGGACCGGCGUGCCAACACGGCUGGAACUUCACCAACUGCAUCCAAUCCCAGACCUGUAAAUACGGACUGUCCAACAAUGUGCAGAUUAUGGGACAGCUUUCUGCUUACUACUACAUCAUCUUUGCUGGAAUUUUUGCUGCCACCUUGUCUUCUGCUCUUGGAUUUCUCGUCUCUGCUCCCAAAGUGUUUCAGUGUCUGUGCAAGGACCAGAUCUAUCCGUUCAUCAUAUUUUUUGCAAAGGGUUAUGGGAAAAACCAUGAGCCACUUCGGGCCUAUGUGCUCUGCUACCUGAUUGCUGUGGGCUUCAUCAUCAUUGCUGAGCUGAACAACAUUGCAGCCUUGAUCUCAAACUUCUUCCUGUGCUCCUAUGCUCUGAUAAACUUCAGCUGCUUUCACGCCUCCUUGAUGAACGCACCUGGGUGGAGGCCAACAUUUCGCUACUACAACAAGUGGGCGUCUCUGUUCGUAGCUGUGCUCUCUGUGGUUCUGAUGUUUUUGUUCACAUGGUGGGCCGCUCUGGUUACCUUAAGCGUCAUCAUCUUCCUGUAUGGAUAUGUCAAUUACACGAAACCAAAGUUAAACUGGGGUUCAUCAGUUCAAGCAGGAACAUACAACUUGGCAUUGUCGUACUCUGUCUCUCUGACUACUGUGGAGGAUCAUGUGAAGAACUAUAGGCCUCAGUGUCUGGUCUUGACUGGACCGCCAAACCAGCGACCUGCUCUGGUUGACUUUGUUGGUUGUUUCACGAAAAACAUCAGCCUCAUGAUCUGUGGAGACAUCAUCAUGGAGAAGGACAGAAAAACUCGACCAGACAACACCACAGACGUGAUGGUGAAGUGGCUGAACAAGAGGAAGGUUCGAGCCUUCUAUACUCCGUUCACCGGCGACAACCUGAGAACUGGAGCUCACUAUCUGUUACAGGCUUCUGGACUUGGCAAGUUAAAACCCGACACUCUGAUUCUGGGCUUUAAGGCAAACUGGAGGAACAGCACUCCAGAGAGCAUUGAUGACUACAUUAACUCCAUUUAUGACACCUUUGACUUCAAUUACUGUUUGUGCAUCUUGAGGAUGAUGGACGGCCUGGACGUCACUGCCGACUUGGAUUAUCAAGUGAACGAUGGCUUUGAAGCUGACGAACCCGAAGAACCCGUGGAAGACCAAGACCCGCAGAGUAAUCAAGAAGACACAGAUGCUGACAUGUCUGAUGAAGGCAAAAGCGAUCAGAUCAACACUGUGUUCCAGAACGAUCAGGGCAAAAAGACCAUUGAUGUCUACUGGAUAGCUGAUGAUGGAGGUCUGACUUUAUUGGUGCCCUACCUGCUGACCAGGAGGAAACACUGGCGCCGCUGCAAGGUCAGAGUCUUCCUUGUGGGAGACGAACAAAACGAGGAGGAGCAGCGCAAGGAGAUGACCCUUCUGUUGAAUCGUUUCCGUCUGAAUGUUAAGGAAAUCAUCAUCAUGACGGACAGUGAGAAGCGUCCUCAAGCUAAAUGCUUGACCCGGUUUGUGGACAGCGUUGCCCCCUUCAGGCUGUUUGAUGAACAGCAGGAAGGCGUUUCAGUGCAGGAUCUGAGACAAAGCGCCCCGUGGAAAAUAUCUGACAAAGAGUUUGAAGUGUUCAGGCAAAAGUCAGAGAGGAUGAUCAGGCUGAACGAAAUUAUCCGCAAGAACUCACAACACACUGCUCUGGUGCUCGUGAGCCUUCCUGUGCCGAACAGAGACUGCCCCAGCGCUCUGUACAUGGCCUGGCUGGACACUCUGACCUACGGCCUUCACUGCCCCGCCGUGCUUAUACGAGGAAACCAGAAGAACGUCAUGACUUUAUACUGCCAGUAAACCCAGAGGAGAACUCCAUUCUGAAGGAAAACGUGACCAGAAUAAAACUGACGUCCCAAGAACAACCAGAGACUCAAGAACUGUAUGACCAGAACUAAAGGUUUUGAACAGUUAGGUCACAUUUUCAAAGUUUUACCACCUUCUUUUGGUUAAAAAGUUAAGAACUUUUUCUGAAUCAUGAAAAUGUCCAAGCCACUUGGACAUUUCCACCUUAGAAGGACUAUAGGCGCUCCGACUCUUUGAUCAAAAGCUGAGAUGCCCGGCAAUCACAUAAGCCCAACAUGCUUCCUGAUAGGCCUUUCACAAUAUAUCGCAAAUUUAUCGUUAUCACAAUAUCAAGCUGUGCAAUACGUAUAUCGCAAAAGUUGCCGAAAAUUGC